GGAAAUAAUUUUACUAAAUAAAAUUAUUUUUGUUAAAUUGAUUUAUAAAAUAGUUUUGAUUUAAAAUAGUCUUAAUACCAUGCAAGACAGCUUUAUAGGAAAUCCAGAAGAUUUCUGAACUAAUUAUAGUCGAUGAACAAACUCUAUAAAGCUAUCUUUAUGAAGUAGGUUCAUAAUUGGUGAACCUACUUUUGUUCAGGUCCGUCUCUUGAGGUGUCGGGAUUUCUAAUGAUAAAAACGGGUGCGUGAUGUUAAAGUUAGCGCUAGACAUGCGCACUCACCCACAGAACUAGAAAAACAAGUCUAACACACCCUUACUCCCCCGGGCAUUCCAAUAAUAGUAACCACUAUCAAAGGGAAUUAACUCUCACACAAUGAAUGAAUGAAAGAAAGAAUGAAUGAACGUAAAUCAAUUUGUCAAUAAAACAAAUUAAACAUCAGUUAUGAUAAUGACUGAUUUACAUCCCGUGACCCAUCUAUAUACUGUUUUGGUUUGACAGCAGACAAAAAAAUCUGGUAAACGUAAGAGUUGAUAAAUAAGUGCAAUGAUGAUGUGUUGAGUUCACGAAAUACUAAAUCAAGCACACAAGAGAAUAUUGGGGUUCCUUUCCUUGAAAAGAAAAUCAACAUGUAAACAUUUGUUGACAGUGGAAAUAUGUAGUUUCCAUUUUGAAUGUGAAAUCAUCCUUUAUAAAACACAUUUCGUGUAAAAACAUGACAUCAAAUGGGUUUUUUGUAGAAUGUUCAAAACAUGUAAUGAUAAAACCCCCAGAAGAUAUAGGUAUUUGCAUCGUCACUAGCCACGGCUGAAAUGUACGCUUCUCUCGAGGGAAGCGCACAUUUCAGCCAUGGAUUGCGACGAUGAAAUACUUGAAAGUGCGUUUGAAAAACUAAAUUGAUCGGGAUCGGGAUGCGUAUUGUUACGUUUUGGCGCCAUUCCGCAUUUACUCGGGAACAUUACACAACAGGUAUGGUGAAGCGCAAACUGAAGGAGAUAGUUACGGGAGAUGGUUCUGAUAACGGUUUGUUGAAGCCAACAAUUCAUGACUUUAAAGACGAGGAAAAGAAGGAAUUUCAGAAGAGCUUGGUUGCUUGGUUUAGAGAAAAUCAAAGAGAUCUACCCUGGAGAAAACAGCUGUCGAUUCCAGAUGUUGAUCAAAGGGCAUACGCAGUUUGGGUGUCGGAGAUCAUGUUGCAACAAACACAAGUUGCUACGGUGAUUGACUAUUACAAGAGAUGGAUGAAGAAAUGGCCAACAUUGCAGGACUUGGCGAAAGCAUCACUGGAGGAAGUGAAUGAAAUGUGGGCUGGUCUAGGAUACUACAGCAGAGGAAGAAGAUUAUUAGAAGGAGCGCAAAAGGUUGUGAAAGAAUUUGGUGGGAAGAUGCCUAAGACAGCUGAGACGUUAUUGAAACAUUUACCAGGAGUAGGCAGAUACACGGCUGGGGCGAUCGCCUCCAUUGCUUAUGGUCAGGCUACUGGAAUUGUUGAUGGUAAUGUUAUCAGAGUGUUGUGUAGGAUGAGAAUCAUCGGAGCUUAUUCCACCAGUCAGCCGGUUCAGAACAAACUCUGGAGUUUGGCAGAUGAGAUAGUCGACUCGGAUCAGCCUGGUGAUUUUAAUCAAGGAAUGAUGGAACUUGGGGCUACAGUGUGUACCCCCAAAUCUCCCAGCUGUGGGUCUUGUCCUGUGCAGAGUCUGUGUCUUGCUAAGGCGAUGGUAGACCGGAACAAGCUAAGAAAUGGUAACAAACUUGGUGUUAAUACAGUGAAGUCUAUUCCAGAUAUAGAAUGUGCUGCAGAUAAAUGUGAGUUGUGUUUACCAGAGAACGAAACAUGGGAUGAAAUAGAUGGAGUUCAGAAUUAUCCCCGAAAACCAGGAAAGAAAGCCGCACGAGAAGAAAAAACAUGUGUUUGCAUUGUGUGUAAGAAAUCGGCAAAAGAGGAUGUGCAGUAUUUUUUGGUACAAAGGCCUCAGAAAGGUCUAUUGGCUGGUCUUUGGGAAUUUCCAUCUGUUAAGGUAGAGGAAGACGAUGAAAAUAAUGAUCACACCGUACGAGAAAUACUCAGGAAGUCCUGUGGAUUGCGUGUCCCACUCUCUUCACAAUCAACAUCCGUCGGCAAUGUGGAGCAUAUUUUUUCCCACAUCCACCAGACGUACAUUGUACAGGCGCUGGUUGUAGAUGAAGGCGAUGUAGACAGUUCACAAAUUCACAUGGAGAACAGUCGAUGGCUGACCAAAGAGGAAUUCUCCUCUGCAGCUGUAUCUACUGCCAUGAAAAAGGUUUUCAGAGCUUUUGAGAGUUCCGGGACAGGAAAGAAGAAAAAGAGUCUGGCAGACCCGGACAGGAAUCAGAAGUCCAUUACUUUAUUCUUUAAAAAGAAAUAAAGUUUUGCGGUGUGUGCUACUUUUCCGGUAACAUGGAGUAGUUGUAUCAUAUGCGGUUUUCAUUAUGUAUUAUUAUUUGUUCCCCACGUAAACAAAACCAGGUGCUAGUAGUAAUUCAGGUCGGCUUCUCAUUGCACUGAUACAGCUAUAGCUUUAAAAAUGUCUGUCCCCCAUUUCAAGGAAAACAGAAUGUUGAUUUGGGUCUGUGUCUGGAACAUGCUUCUUGGUUUCCAGAUGAUAUUUCGAAUACUGCUUGAGGCUUUAAGCUUUAGCAAUGAAACUUAACAUGAUGAGUCUUCAUGACUUCAGGAUGACCCCAAUUGUUUCAAGGUCCAAAGGUCAUCAGGUCUUUGAAAUUCAAAGAUCAGGGUCACCAGCUCACAAUGAAUGUCUCUGGAUGAUAUCCACUGUUGUAAUUAAGCAAUUAAAUGCCCCUCCCCCUUUAUGUAAAAACCUCACAAAUAUUCAUUGAAUUUGAUUGUUUAAAGUUCUGCAUUGAAUAUGUUAUUUAGCCAUAUCUUAAUAUUCUUUAAGUUAGUUGCAACUAAAUGUCUAGGUUGUCCGUAUUAUUGAGGUAUGUAAACAAUGGGGGACAGGUAUAAUUUUCAUAAAUUGUUUACAUGGGUCAUUCUACAGAAAUGUUGUAAUUUCAAAAUGGAUUUUAGACAUUGGGAAGAAUUUUCUUGCAAAAUUUUGCUGAACAGUGUAUUAAUAUUUCAAAAGACAGAAUCGUAUGUAUGCAGCGGUGAAGCCAUCACAUUCAGAAAAUACUUAUAAAAUGUUUACCUCUCACUUUUGUGAAAAUGCCAUUUAUAGAUUGACAUUCAUAGAUUGACAUUUAUAGAUUGACAUUCAUAGAUUGACUUUUAUAGAUUGACAUUUAUAGAUUGACUUUGAGGAGCUAUGCUACACCAGAGAAAUUUGAUACGGAUGAAAAGUAGAGAAUAUGCACAACAAUAUUUUGAAAUUGAAAACUUUCAAAUUUACUUUAGUUAGUCAAAAAACACAGUUUUAGUAGAAAACAAUCUGGAAAAAAAUUGAAAACCCCUGCAAAACUCGAACACACAUUUUACAGUUCAGCAGUCGAUGUGCUGACCUACUGAGUUACUCAGCUAGGGGAUGAUUAUUAUACGCCUGUCGAAGAUGGGAUGUAAUAUGGUAUGGCAUUGUCCGUCCGUCUGUCUGUCUGGACCUUGUGGGCAGGAUACAGACCGAACCGUAAGCUCCAGGAUUUUACAACUUGGUACAUUUGAUCACCAUGAUGAGAGGAAGAUGCCUAUUGUUUUUCAAGGUCAAAGGUCAAGGUCAUAGUAUCAUUUAGUAGGAAAACCUAGAAGGAAACUCGUGUGGGCAGGAUACAAACCAAACCGUAAGCUCCAGGAUAUUACAACUUGGUACAUUUGAUCACCAUGAUGAGAGGAAGAUGACUAUUGUUUUUCAAGGUCAGAAGUCGAAGGUCAAGGUCGCAGUAUUACUCAGUAGGAAAACCUUGUAGGCAGGAUACAAACUGAACCAUAAGCUGCAGGAUAUUGAAACUUGGUACAUUUGAUCACCAUGAUGAGAGGAAGAUGCCUAUUACUAUUUCAAUGUCAAUGGUCAAGGUCACAGUAUCACUUAGUAGGAAAACCUUGUAGGCAGUAUACAAACUGAACUGUUGAGGCUAGGACCGCCAAACUUUGUACACGUACACUUUAUGCCAAGUGAAGGAUGCCUAUUGUUUCUUAAGGUCAAGGUCAUAGUAGCAGGAUGCAGACCGAUUCGUUGGGGGCAAGGACCAUUAUUCUUGGUACAUAUACAUCUUAUGCCAAGUGAAAAUAUUACAUAGAGAAUACAUGAUUGGUCUUGUUUUUUUUUAUGCAAAGAAAGUAUGUCACACCAUGAUGAUUGCUGAUACUACCUGAAGUUCUACAAAUCAUGGUGUAAGAAAAACACCCUAUAUUAGCUUUUCACGGGCGUAUUAUGUACCGUUGGCAGUACUUUUGUUGAUAUUUAUAUUUUCAUCCAUGUUUUAAAAGAAAGUCAGCCAUUAUGACGAUGCAGAGUACCUCCUUAAGAAAGCGAGCGGAAAUGACGGAGCAUAUUUAAAAAGAGAUAAUGCUUAAGUCACAAAAAAGGCAGGCGGAAAUGACAGAACAUAUUUAAAAAGAGAUAAUGCUUAAGUCACAAAAAAGCGGGCAGAAAUGACGGAACAUAUUUAAAAAUAGAUAGUGAUAAACCCUUCUUUUUAAUAAUAAAAUGAAAGAAACAUUUUCUUAAGAAAUCACUUUAUGACCAAUUUUUGAUGCUAUUACAUUAAAAUAAUUAAACCUAAAAGUCUUACAGUGAAAAUGAUGUAUCAAUUAACACUAAUUUAACAAACACAGUUUACACAUUUUCCUCAAAGAUUUGAUUUGUUCACUUUUGAUUUUGUUUAGACUUUAAGCUCUCUCCUGAUGGCCUCUUCGUCUCUAUUCUAUGAUUUUUCCACUCGUACCACCAGACCAUCUUGCCUUCAUCUAUCUCACAAUUUACUGGUAUUCUUUUGUCAUGAUUGGAGCACUCUGUGCAUUCACUCCCUAAUGUUUAUGUUACAGGUCACUGCUUUCAUUACAUUGUCCAUGCCCUCACUUCAAAUAAAGCUUUCUGGUGACAGUUUUGAAGUUUCACUUUGCGAUUGUCGUGUAUUUUAUGGAGACAGGUUUCUUUUUCACUUGAUGUGGGUUACUGAGUAAACCUCCCAGAAUUGGCCACUGUUGACAAAAGAGACUGAGAAUUUUUGCUAUUGCAAUCACUCUCAGAGACGAAUUUCUGAUGAAAGUUUUUCAAGUCAUCAGACAAGUCUGGUGAUGGUAGAUUUCACUCAAGAAACAUUGUCAUCUCUUUCAAGAAGUUAAUUGAUUUUGUUCUUUAGUCUUGUUUGCUUUAUAAGUUAACAUAUAUGAGAGGAAUUCUUCUAUGCCUUUGACCACAAUCUGAAACCAUAGUUUUUCCCUGCAUAUGUGCACAAUUUGUACUUCAAAAGAUUUCUGUUUUGCAGCACAAAGGACAAGAAUCUGUUUUCUUUUGAACUCAUUUCUUCCUGACGUUCUUUGUAAUAACAGAAUGUAAAAGAACCGUUUUUUGAUGUUCCUUUUCCUUACAAUAUUUUCUGUCAUUUUUUUUUAAUGCUUGUCUUGUUCUUCAUUCCUUGUAUAGCAGUACUUUAAGUGAAAAUAUCUUUAUUCUCAAUAUAUGCUUUUGCCCGGUCUUUUCUCACCUUUUCCCUUCUCUUGUUCUUUGCAAUGUUGACUCAUUUGGUUAUAUGUAUUUCCUCAAUGUUUGAAAAUUGUCAAUUUUUGCCCUGUCCCCUAAGGCCCCCGUAGGUGCAGUAGUCAAUUUAUGUCCCCCUUGUCCCAAACAUACUUCAUACCAAAUUUGAAAAGAAUUGGAAUGGUAGUUAAAACUCAGGUGACCAAACACUUCCUGAGUGAAAAUGUCCUUGCUAUAGAUUGAAUCUUGGAACAAGAUUUACAGAAUUAGCUACUAUUGUAUGCAUUAUUUUUAUUAAUUUUAAGUCCAGAUUAAAUAUUUGGUGCUGUAUAUUUUUCAUUGAAAAAUCAAGUACAUGUAGUGCAAAAUCUAUCACUAUGUAUUUUAAGGGUUUGAAAUUAUGAUUUGGAAUGUGGAAAAUAAAUUGCAACAUUUCUGUAGAAUGACCCAUACAUCAUACCCCUAAUACAAACAAACCAGAUCAGGGGCAGAUCCAGGAAUUUUUGAAGGGGGAGUGGGUGUUCUACCAUUUGGAACAUACCCCUCUCCCCUCUGGAACUGCCACUGCAAAUGUAAUAGAUUAAGUGGAAUGGUCAGUGCUUUUAUUGAGAAAUAAAAUACCAGAAUCAAAGACAGUAACAGUGUGUCAAUGAUGAAACAUUAUUAUAUAUUUACAGAUAAUGUUACGAAAUAAUUUACAGAUAUAUAUUUACAGAUCAUGUUACGAGAUUCUGUACAUUAUAUAUAUUUACAGAUCAUAUUACGAGAUUUUGUACAUUAUAUUCUCUGUAUUGGAAAUUUCCUACAUUUAUAGUUUAUAUUUUUUAAGGCCUAUGAAAUAAACUUUUUUGUAACAAAUAGUGUUCUUACAUGAUCAGUUCUUGUUUAGUGAGUAAACAAAGCAGGAGACUGGAUGGUGACGAACACGACACAUGAGAGGAGGCUUAUAUUUUUGGCAGUGUCGAUGCAACCAUCAUGAUAAAGCACUUUGAUGUAUGUUACAGUAGGACUGCAGCUUAGCGAAAUGUCUGUUCAUCUUAUUACUGUUAUGAAUGAAAGAAAGAUUGAGCAAGCUCACAUAACCCACAUUGGACUGACAAACUGUUUCAGUAGUAAUUUUGACAAAACUUUCCUUGACAAGUAUAUGUUGGUAAACUUUUCUUGAGUACCAUUAGAUUUGGUGCUGAGCAAAGCAAGGGGCCAAAUCGAGUGGCGAGAGAAAAGUUUAUCAACAUAAUUAGUACAUGUCUCACACGAGUACUUAGACUCUUUGUGGUUUCUGUUUAAUUUAUCAUAACUCUUCUGUAUAUUUUUAUCAUUUAAUCAAAGUCAUCAGAAUUGAUCUUGAUUGGUGUAAUUAUGUACUUGCUGGGUUCGAUAUUUAGUACCCCAAGGUAAGUUUACUUGUUUUCAUCAGCCAGAUGAUAGUUUACAGCGAGUAGUUUUCAAACAUAAUAAGGUUUUUUCUACACAUUCAAAAUAUCUUCAUUUGAAAAGACAUGGCAGACACUCUUGAAACAUGGAUGAAGAUAUAUUGAAUGUGUAUGAAAAACCUAAUAAUUCUUGAAGACUACUCGCUGUGCAUGCACCUU